AUUUGAUCAUACUCGGUCGAUAAAAGAGACGAAGAACAGGUGACGACAUCGUUGUCAUACUCGUGAUUUCAUAACACGCCAUUUUCUUUGUGUGAAGUACUGGCUGAGAAAUUUCUCCUACUGUUUUCUAGCUAAUUCAGGUUCACGAUGGCUUCUCAUAAAAAACUAUUGCUGAAGGUUAUUAUCCUUGGAGAUUCAGGAGUUGGUAAAACUUCUCUUAUGAAUCAGUAUGUAAGCAAGAAAUUUAGUAAUCAAUAUAAAGCAACUAUAGGUGCAGAUUUUCUUACCAAAGAAGUAAUGGUAGAUGAUAGGAUAGUUACUAUGCAGAUUUGGGAUACAGCUGGCCAAGAAAGGUUUCAAUCUUUAGGUGUUGCUUUCUACAGAGGUGCUGAUUGUUGUGUACUUGUAUUUGAUGUUUCUGCACCAAGUAGCUUUAAAUCUUUAGACUCCUGGAGAGAUGAAUUCUUGAUCCAAGCUUCUCCUAGAGAUCCAGAUAAUUUCCCAUUUGUUGUACUUGGAAAUAAAGUUGAUUUGGAAUCCAAAGUGAUUCAUGGCAAAAAAGCACAACAAUGGUGUCAAUCUAAAAAUAAUAUUCCAUAUUUUGAAACCAGUGCUAAAGAGGCUAUCAAUGUUGAACAAGCUUUCCAAACGAUAGCAAAAAAUGCUUUAGCUCAAGAAAGUGAGGUGGAAUUAUAUAACGAAUUCCCAGACCAAAUUAAAUUGACCAAUGACCAAAGGAAUAAUGGCAAGGGUGAUUCUUGUGCUUGCUAGGUCUUGAAGUGGUGAAAAUUUUGGACAAGCACGUAGAUGCACAGGUCAGAUCGUACAUUCGCGUACCUGCGCAUUUAAAGAAAUACUACAUCGAGCUUGAUGUGUUUUAGAAGUCUUAAGUAUGCACCUUGGUUUCUUUUAUCUAGAUUUCAUUCAAAAUAUUUUUAAAGCAUAUUUAUAAUGUUGGAAAAUGUUUUUUAUUGGAAUUAUGUGAGAUAUCGGAAAAUAAAAAAAACGUGUGUAUAUGUAAGAAAGUUUGUAAGCAAUGCAUUUUAAACAAUAAAAUUAGACAAAUUUUGUACCAAGGAGCAUCCAUUUGGCUUCUUUACAUGAAAGACUAUGUUGUAUUUUAUAUCGUGUGUUUGCGUUGAUACUUGGCUCGUUCAGCAAUACGUUCAACACAUUAUUUCCGAUAAUUGUAAUGCUCUCUUAUUGGGUAUGGCGAACAGUAUGAGCUGCCCUUUUUAAUUGCAUCUUUAUAGUUCAUUGUCGAUGUCCUUCAUUGUGAAGUAACAUUACGAUGUUUUCGAAUCACAUAGGUAUAAUUUAUACCGGGAGGAAAAUUCACGGUUCGGGAACACAUUUAGCAUAACAAUUAGAUCAUCACAAGUUUGCUCAUAAUUCAUUAUGUAUAAUCGCAUUUAUUGAGGAGCUCUAGAAAAAUUUUUGUGGGUUCAGUCAUUUCUCAGACCUAACUUCUUGUCAAAAUUAGUAAAAUUAAGUGAAAAUUAUUGCAUAAUUGAUACAUUACAGAUACAAUGAAAUUUUUUAUUGAAAUUUUGCGAUUAUUUAACUACCUCUGAAUUUUAUUAGCAAUGUAAAUCUUAGUAAUUAUUAUAUCGCUCGAGAUAUUGCGAUUUUCCGAGAACAAUAAAUACAUUGUUCACAUAAAUUUGAAUAAAUGUGAAUUUGUUUAAUAACAUCACAAUGUAUCUGUGAUGAUGUUUCACGAUCGUCUCAAUCUUAAAAGGCUAGUGCGUUUUCGAGGAAAAAAAUUCCCUUUUUAAAAACAACUCAAUAGUUGGAUAAUUUCUUAUUUGGUAUUCUCGAUGCGCCCACAAUACUUGCAUACUAGUAUUUUUGUGUAUCUUUAAAUUCCUCCCUAAAGUGAGAGUCCUCAGCCGCGCUGCAAUGAUUUUUAAACGUCUUAAUUUUGUGGAAAGUAUCCAGGUGCAGUCAUAAAUUUUAUCAAACAUUAUUUAAAAAGACAUUUUUAUAUUAAACAUGCAAUAUAUAGAUACUUGACGAAUUAUUUUUAAAAAUUAUAAAUUUUUGCUUUUUUCCCCUAAAAUUUAAUGCUAUAAUAUACAUAAUAUUCAUUUAUCUGCUUAAAAAAAAUACUAAUAAUAAUUAAAUUUUAUUGACAAGUGUGAAGUUUUUUUUUUAAUCAAAUUUUUGUAAAAAAAAAAGAUUUUUUGUAUAUUAACUCUCUAUAUUCUGUUGAAUUAGUACGUUUAUGUAAAAGAAAACAAAAGAAAAAGGGAAUUUAUAAAAAUGAUGUUGUUAUUUAGUAUAACAAAAAUUAUGCAACGCGGUGCUGGCGAUCACUUUCGUAUUUAAAAAAAAAAGUAUAUAUAUAUAUAUAUAUAUAUAUAUAAUUUUAGAUGUAAGUCUCCAUCCUGAAAAAUGUAGAGCAAGAGAUUGCGUGAGCUGAAUUGAUACAUACAUAUAAGAUUUCUUAUGAGAAGAUUUAGCAUGUGAAAUAUAUGUGUACAUCUAUGAUAAUAAUAUAACACACUAGGAAUAUGCAUCAUCAUACAUGUACGCAUAUACACGUAAUAUAUAUGUAUAUAAAUGAUGAUGGUCAUGACGAUUACAAUUAUAAUUAUUAAUAUAAUUUUAUCAAAAUAUGUUAACGAUAGUUAUUAUAAAUAUUAUCAUUAUUGCUGCUGCUGCUGCUGCUAUAAAAUUACUAUUGCUACUCUUAGUUUUAAGUAAACUAAAACAAAAAAAAAAAGAAGAAGAAAUACAUUUAUUGCAACAAAAUCAUGAGCUGGUCGAAUUAAUUCGCUGAUAUAUCUGUGCCACGAAUAAUCAUCGUGUGACCUGAAACAAAAUAUAAGACUAUCAUUAUCCCUAUUAUGGCUCGAUGUCUAUGUUGUUAUUAUGAAGAUGAAUGUCUGUUGAGAUAGAUAGUAAAUCUAGUAAACCCUGUACGAAAUAGCGUAUAAGACUAAAAUAUAAUUCAGCAUAACAUUAAUUUAGUAAUUAAAAGAUAAUGGGGAAAAAGGCUCUUUCCAAGUAAAAGGAUAGCCUGUAACACAGUGUAGUUUUAUUCGAGAGUUUUAACACGUUAUGUUUCAACUGAUGUAAAUUAAACUCCUUGUACGAUUGUAAAAAAGUAUUCGUUUUUACAUAA